CAUUAGCCAGCAGUCUCGUGCCGCUGUGCGCUCGCGCAUCUCAAUUCAGUGGGAUAUCAGCGUAACAUAAAAAUAGACGUAAACAAGCGUUUCGCGGUACAUAAAUAUUGAUAUAGUUGGAUAUACCACACAAAACAAUAUCAGAUGUAUUUAAAUCCACGAUUCCACCACUGACUGAUCAAAGUUAUUCCACGAGUCAAGUUGUGCGUUCAAUAAACAAAAAUGUAUUGUGAGUUACCGUUGUUGAAGAGAUGCUGCUUCUGCCUGCCCUUGAGACCCGGCUUGAUAGCGUGGGGAUAUAUAAAAACAGUGGCAGCUAUUGCAUUCAUAGGCCUGAUGUGCAUACUCUUAGAUGAAAGCAUAGAAAGGUCAAAGCGAGGUUAUUACAGCUAUACCAGUACAAUCGUAAUACAGUCGAUAAUACUUACUGUUACGAUUGUGGAUGCCGUGUUUAGUAUUAUAUUUUUAGUAAGCGCACAUAAGAAACAUGAACGAUUGAUGAAAUCAUGUUUAUACUACCAAAUAUUCAUAUUUGUCGUUUCUAAUUUAGCCUUCUCAUUAUACUUCAUCUACAUGUUGUAUCUCAUGGCGACGGCAUACAUUUUCCUUGGUGAAAUAUGGCUUGUACUAUCUUUGACGAUCGGGUUCAUGAAUGCUGUGCUACAAUUUUACCUCAUCCUAUUGGUGAGAAGUGUAGUUCAAAAACUGGGUAACGACUGCACCUUCCAAUUUGAGAACAACGCUGUGGCAGCACAAUGCCACAUGAACACCGUGAACUUUGAAACAUUCAACAACGUCGCUCCAACGAAGCAAGAUAAGUUAGAACUGAUCAAGGAAGAAUAUGCCCCGAGCAAAGUCUAGUCACAGUUACCAUGUCAUAAAAUAAACAAUAAAAUGUGUAAUGUA